CUUGCCAUCCUUACCCCAGUCACGUCAUCCCAUUCGCCUGAUUCUUCCUACACUCGCCAAAGACGGAUUCACCUAGCCAUCUGCUGCAAAUCCCCUUGACAACAUGAGUGCCCCGACGACCAGCGACGCGGCAAAGUCUGAGCAAAAGCUGCCUUCGCGCGAGGAGCAGCUAGCCACAAUGACCGCACGGGUGGAGGAGUUUCAAAAGCAAAACCCCUCGGCCGAUUUCAAGCUCGAACAGAAGUGGUGGGUGCCGAGCCUGGAUUUCGGCAUCUUGUUGCAGGAUGCUCUUCCACAAGAAAUCAACGCCGAAUUCGGCGCCAUCUUUGCAAAGCUCUUCCAGGAUAAGUUUGCCCCCGAGGCCGUGGCCAAGGCACGUAAACAGUCGAGGGAACUGCUCCAGGCAAAGUAUCCCCAUGUGCUAGAGAGGGUGGAGGAAAUGGUGUUUAAGAAUGAGGCGCAGCUUGCCGAGUUGCACCACCAUCUACAGGGGGUUGACUCGAUCGGAUGUGCGGGCGGAAACUGCUGAGACCAUGAGAUGGAUGCAUUGCUUAGACCUCGACACUUCUCUCUUUCAUGUCCUCCUUUUGAUCUGGACCAUCCAACAAGUAUAUAUUGGGGUUGCCUAUCUCACCUAGACAGUCAUGUAAUGAUACCGUGUCGCCUUCG